AGGGCUGACCACCAUGCGGAGGAGAGACCACCAGCCCAGCCAAUUCCACAGCAAACCCGCGCUCACAAUGAUGCCGUCACUUACAUCUCAGCCCUGAAAUCUGACCUGUGCGUAUCGGGAGGGAAGGACAAGGCUGUUGUUGUGUCAAACUGGAGAAGUGGAACAGCUCUGAAAAGAUUUGUGGGGCAUGAUCGAGAGGUUUCCAAGAUUACCUGUGUGUUUGGAUCAAACCGAUUCUUCAGCGCCUCGCGGGACAAGACGGUGCUCAUGUGGGAUCUGCACUGCAAGGCUGGCAGUGCUCAGAAGUUCCUGGGGCAUCAUCUAAUAGUGACGGGGCUGGCAGUAAGUCCUGAUGGCACCCAGCUACUGACGGGCUCCAGAGACAAUACACUGUGUAAAUGGGAUGUGGAGACUGGCCAGUGCUUGCUCAAGACUGCUGUGUCUAGAAAUCUGGUAACACACCUUUGCUGGGUUCCCAGAGAGUCCUGUGUUGUUCAGACUCAGAGGAUAAAAGUGUCCGGUGUCUGGGACAUCCGUAACCUGCAUUUGGCGCACAUGUUCCCAAUGAAGCAGUAUAUACAGAUGCACUGUGAUGUCAGUGAAGAUGGAAAUUACUGCCUGACCAGCAGCAAUGGCUUUGGUGGACAGGGCUGUGAAGCCACGUUAUGGGACCUCCGACAAAGAAAAGACAAGGUGUGUGAAUAUAAGGGGCACCUGCAGAGCACCACAUCAUGUGUCUUUCUUGCUAAAAAUACAUGGGACACCCCACUAGUGGCCACUGCAUCACAUGACUGUACGGUAAAAGUCUGGGAGAGAGACACUGGAGCAUGUCUGAGCAGCUUGUUCUUGGAUGGCUCUGGGCCAUUAUCCUCCCUCGCAGUCUGUGAUGACACUUCCAUCUUGUGUGCCAGCUUUAACUCGGGAAUCCACUCCCUGCGUAUGCAGGGCAGCCACGGAGCCACACUACAGCAAGUCACCAGCUUCUGA